UGCUACACAGGCCCUUCCUUCCGGUCCCGUCCAUGCUCCGAACAGCUGAUCCAGGGUUUCUCCCUAUUCAUCUGUGCUGCUAUACACGUUUAGAUAUCUAUAUUUCCUCGUAAUUGUCAGACCAAAUAAAUCGCCAUGACUAAAGAGGACAUGCAGGGUGCGAAAGAAGAGGACCAGCAGGCCCAGUCCAAGAAAGCUCUGAAGAAACAGCAGAAGGAAGCAGAGAAAGCUGCGAAGAAGGCUGAGAAACAGGCAAAGCUGGCUGAUGAACAAAAAGGUGCAGAGGAAGAUGACUUUGCCAAGGACCAAUAUGGCGUGUCAGCUCUGGUCCAAUCCCAACAGAAACUGGACAGGGUGCUGGUGCGGGUCCAGGACCUGACUCCACAGAGAGCUGAGCAGCUGAUCUGGCUACGAGCCCGAGUGUCCACCAGCCGAGCCAAAGGGAAGCAGUGCUUUCUGGUCCUGCGUCAGCAGCAGUUCAACGUGCAGGCGCUGGUCGCCGUGGGAGAGCGUGCCAGCAAGCAGAUGGUCAAGUUCUCUGCAAACAUCACCAAGGAGAGCAUCGUGGAUGUUCAGGCCACGGUGAAGAAAGUGGAGCAGAAGAUCGAGAGCUGUUCCCAGCAGGACGUGGAGCUGCACAUUGAGCAGAUCUUCGUCAUCAGCCAGGCCGAGGCUCGUCUCCCCCUCCAGCUGGAGGACGCUGUCAGGCCUGACGGAGACGGAGACGAGGAAGGCCGAGCCACCGUGAACCAGGACACCAAGCUGGACAACAGAGUUAUUGAUCUCAGGACGACCACCAGCCAGGCCGUGUUCCGCCUGCAGUCCGGGGUGUGCCAGCUCUUCAGAGACACCCUCACCCAGAAGGGCUUCGUGGAGAUCCAGACCCCCAAGAUCAUCUCAGCUGCCAGUGAAGGAGGCGCUAACGUGUUCACGGUCUCCUACUUCAAGACCAGUGCGUACCUGGCCCAGUCCCCCCAGCUCUACAAGCAGAUGUGCAUCUGCGCCGACUUCGACCAGGUGUUCUGUGUGGGCCCAGUGUUCCGGGCGGAGGACUCCAACACCCACCGUCACCUGACGGAGUUCGUGGGUCUGGACAUCGAGAUGGCCUUCAACUACCACUACCAUGAAGUGAUCAGCUCCAUCACCGACACCAUGGUGCAGAUCUUCAAGGGACUCAGAGACAACUUCCAGACGGAGAUCCAGACGGUGAACAAGCAGUUCCCCAGCGAGCCGUUCCGGUUCCUGGAGCCGACCCUGAGGCUGGAGUUCAGCGAGGGCGUGGCCAUGCUGCGGGAGGCCGGGGUGGAGAUGGGGGACGAGGAGGACCUCAGUACACCAAACGAGAAGCUGCUGGGUCGUCUCGUCAAGGAAAAGUAUGAUACAGACUUUUAUGUACUGGAUAAGUACCCACUGGCCGUUAGACCUUUCUACACCAUGCCUGAUCCAAACAAUCCUAAAUAUUCCAAUUCUUACGACAUGUUCAUGAGGGGCGAGGAGAUCCUGUCUGGGGCUCAGAGGAUCCAUGAUGCCCAGCUGCUGACGGAGAGGGCCGUCCACCACCAGAUCGAUCUGGAGAAGAUCAAGUCAUAUAUUGAUUCCUUCCGCUAUGGCGCUCCCCCACACGGUGGUGGAGGCAUUGGCCUGGAGAGAGUGUGCAUGCUGUACCUGGGUCUCCACAACGUCCGUCAGACGUCCAUGUUCCCCCGGGACCCCAAACGCCUCACGCCCUGAACCCCAAACGCCUCACGCCCUGAUCCCAGCGGGGACAAACCACCAACUAAUCAACGACGGCUCCAACUAAUCAACCAGCUCUGCAGGAAACAGUGCCACCUUCUGACUCUAAUGUGCCACUAAAAGUGAAGUAUUGAGAAGAAUGAGGUCGUGGUAAUAAUGAGUUCUUUGAGUGGUGUGUAUUUGUGUAUUCUUUUCCACCAACAAUAAACAACCAAUGAAGAGGGGAUUGGCUAAUUAUUCUGGGAUGCUGCACACACUUGCUUCAUGUUCUUGUCAAUGAGUCAGUGUUUGAGAUUUUCAAUGUGGAGAUUUUAAAAAUACUUUGUAAUAUGGAUGAAAGUCCCUUUUCCCACAAGCUUAGAGGUUGGACUAAUGACUGGUGUCCAGGAGUAUCCUGUAACUCCAAAUGUUUGUAAGUAAUUAAUACAAAUAAACACUGACAAUAAAGAACAUUGUGAAUC